AUGACUGAAACUAAGAACAAUAACUGGCCGCCAUGCUAUCCAGUAAUAUAUCAUAAUAUCCAAGCAGAUAUUCUUGACGGCGAUUCCAGACGUAUGACAGAGCAGUCAUAUAAAUUAUGGUUAUCUGUCGUAGUUACUUCAGCUACAAGAAAUGAUGGAGUUAGCAUUAUUGGACAAAUCCUAAUAGCUAUUUUGUAUUUGCUCGCAUGGCCAUUAUUCGAUUUCUUUUUUAGACAUCGAUGCCUAUAUCAAGCUUUCAAAUUUAAUAGUCUAAAUUAUUUUAGAUGGUUCUUUCUUAAUACAUUCCUUGACAUUGUAUUUGGAUUGUUUAUAGGUAUUGGAUGGUUUUACGGAGGCGGAGGUGGUUUAAUUGCAAUGACUGAUAAUUUUAAAAAUGAUCGUAUUGUUGCCGGAGUAUUUUGUGCCAUUUGUGUUGCUUUGAUUUUGACUCAAGUUACCUUGCAUAUUAUCUUGUUCCGUAAGGUCUAUGUGCAUUUUAAAACUCAUGAUGAUUGGACUUUGUUGCCUGGUCAAAAGAAUAAGUCAAGGAAAGAACAAGCGCGAGUUUAA